AUGGCAGCUAUAAAGACUCCCCGAGGCCUCCCCCCAAGGGAGAUGUCAAAGUCUAUAGGUCCCAACCGAGCUGGCAAUUAUGGCGCUAGCACCUGUAGAACCUCAGCCACAGCACCAGGGGGCGUCAAGCAGUACCCACCAAUCAGUGCCAAAAUCAAGGGGCCAGGGGCCGGAAAAUAUGGCCGGCAGCCCUGCACUGGCAUCAGGAAUCACGACUUCACCAUGUUUGCAGAACCAGCCUACACGAUGCGUAUAAAACACACGGAGAAAAUCUUGGCUGACACAGUCAGUACUGGUGCCUGCUUCAUAGACCCUCACCUCUCCCGCUUUGGGUGGUGGAAGCCAUCGUCCUUCCGCAUACAGAAGCGAGACAAGAGUCUAAGUUUGAUGAGCACACCUGCCCCGAAUGAAUACCACACAGAGAAGGUGCAUCCGCAGGGGGAACCUUAUGCACCGGCUUAUUCCUUGGCCGAUCGCACUCGCUACCGUGAGAAUGAUCCCAAUCCAGCUCCCAAUGCCUAUACCCUCCCAGGGACGCUGGGACCCAGACUUCCCAUCAAACCAUCUGCCCCCUGCUACAGCAUGGCCUCCAAAAUGGAUAUGCAGAGGAACGCAGAGAUGCUGGCAAGAGUCCCUGGCCCAGCAUCUUUUGUUGUGCCCGAACCUAAUGUCUACUUGAAUCGGCAACCUGCCUACAGCAUGUGGAGAAAGUACAAAUUCAUAAGGGACUCUACUCCAGGGCCAGCGGACUACAAGACCAGCCGUGUCACCAUCAUCAAGCCGAGGGCCCCGGAUUUCAGCCUGGGGAUCCGUCACUCUGAGUACCUCACCCCCUUGGUUAUUGAUGUUGUGGAGUGA